GCUGACGCCGCUGUCGCUUUACAGAAAUUGAGUGCAGCCGAAGCAGGACCUGGGCGCAGAGAGCGAUAAAGGAAAAUGAUUAGAGCAUGGUUGUGCUCUAAUCGUUACAGUCUAAGGGAUGACACGUCGAGAUGGCGCGCGCCUCUGCGUGCGUGGAGAUGGCACAAAGGCCGCGCCUUCCCCGGCUGCCCCCGCCCUCGCCGCGCGCGUGGUCCCGGCCCCGCCGGAUGUUGACAGCGUCGCCCAGCAACGGGAGAUGGCGGAACCGGGCGGCGCGGCGGGCCGGUCUCAUCCGGAAGAUGGAUCGGCUUCUGAGGGAGAGAAGGAAGGGAAUAAUGAAAGCCACAUGGUGUCACCACCAGAGAAGGAUGAUGGCCAGAAAAGUGAAGAAGUUGUUGAUAGCACAGAGCAUCCUGAAGAAGUCACAACCCAAGCGGACACUGCAAUUGAAGAGGGGGAGGUCGAGACAGAAGGGGAAGCUGCAGUGGAAGGGGAAGAGGAAGCUGUGUCCUAUGGAGAUGCUGAAAGCGAAGAGGAAUAUUGCUAUACAGAAACUUCAUCCCCCGAAGGGCAAAUCAGUGCUACAGAUAUGACUUACCCAUAUUUCAGUCCUCCUCAGGAACUGCCUGGAGAGGAGGCAUACGAUAGUGCUGGCGGGGAAGCUGGUCUCGAAGGCUCCCAUCAAGAGGCCACCGGUCCACCAGAAUCCAGAGAAGUGAGGGUCACCUCCCCAGAGCCAUCCCACGGAGUCUUAGGCCCGUCGGAGCAAAAGGGCCAGGUCACCUCUGGGCCAGCAGUGGGCAGAUUGACAGGAUCCACCGAGGAGCCCCAGGGGCAGGUGCUCCCGAUGGGCGCCCGGCACCGCUUCCAGCUGAGCCACGGGAGCAGCAUCGAGUCCUCAGACCUGGAGGAGUUCAUCUCGCAGGAGCCAGGGGUGCCCGAUGCCCACCCCAGGGAAGGAGACCUGCCAGUGUUCCAGGACCAGAUCCAACAGCCCAGCACGGAGGAAGGGGCCGUGGCAGAGAGAGUGGAGUCCGAGGGGAGUGAUGAGGAAGCAGAAGACGAAGGGUCCCAGCUGGUGGUUUUGGACCCAGACCACCCCCUGAUGGUAAGAUUCCAGGCUGCCCUGAAGAACUACCUGAACCGACAGAUUGAAAAGUUGAAGCUGGACCUCCAAGAGCUGGUUGUGGCUACCAAGCAGAGCCGAGCCCACCGGCAGGAGCUGGGGGUGAAUCUCUAUGAGGCGCAGCAGCACCUGGUACACCUGCAGAAGCUGCUGGAGAAGAGUCACGACCGCCACGCGACGGCCUCGAGCGAGCGCAGGCAGAAGGAGGAGGAGCUGCAGGGCGCCCGCGCGCUCUACACCAAGACCUGCGCGGCCGCCAACGAGGAGCGCAAAAAGCUGGCGGCUCUGCAGACUGAGAUGGAGAACUUGGCCCUGCAUCUCUUCUACAUGCAGAACGUCGACAAAGACAUGCGUGACGACAUCUGCGUGAUGAAGCAAGUGGUGAAGAAGGCCGAGACGGAGAGGAUCCGGGAAGAAAUCGAGAAGAAAAAGCAGGACCUGUAUGUGGACCAGCUCACCACUCGAGCCCAGCAGCUAGAAGAAGACAUUGCCUUGUUUGAGGCUCAGUACUUGGCCCAAGCUGAGGACACCCGGAUUUUAAGGAAAGCAGUGAGUGAGGCCUGCACGGAGAUCGAUGCCAUCAGCAUGGAGAAGAGGCGCAUCGUGCAGCAGUGGGCCACCAGCCUGGUGGGCAUGAAGCACCGCGACGAGGCUCACAGAGCGAUGCUGGAGGCGCUCAGAGAGUGCCAGCAUCAAGCCAAAUCCAUCGACAGCGAGAUUGAGGCCUAUAAGAAAUCCAUCGUGAAGGAGGAAGAAAAGAACGAGAAGCUGGCGAGCAUCCUGAACCGGACAGAGACGGAAGCCGCACUGCUGCAGAAGCUCACCACCCAGUGCCUGACCAAGCAGGUGGCCCUGCAGAGCCAGUUCAACACCUACAGGCUCACCCUGCAGGACACAGAGGAUGCCCUCAGCCAGGAACAGCUGGAACAAAUGAUACUCACGGAGGAGUUACAGGCCAUCCGCCAAGUCAUCCAGGGCGAGCUGGAGCUCAGGCGGAAGAUGGAGACUGCCAUCCGGGAGAAGCUGCAGGAGCACAUGACCUCCAACAAGACCACCAAAUACUUCAACCAGCUCAUCCUGAGGCUGCAGAAGAAGAAGACCAACAUGAUGACACAUCUUUCCAAAAUCGACGGCGACAUUGCCCAGACCACCCUGGACAUCACACACACCAGCAGCAGGCUGGACGCACACCGGAAGACACUGGUGGAGCUGGACCGGGACGUAAAGAAAGUCAACGAGCUCAUCAGCAAAAGCCAGGGCGAGAUCUCCCGGCGCACGAUCCUGAUCGAGAGGAAGCAAGGGCUCAUCAACUUCCUCAACAAGCAGCUAGAGCGGAUGGUCUCCGAGCUGGGGGGGGAAGAAGUGGGGCCCCUGGAGCUUGAAAUCAAAAGGCUGAGCAAGCUGAUCGACGAGCACAAUGCCAAGGUGGUCCAGGCCCAGGUGACCUGGCUGCGCCUGCAGCAGGAGAUGGUCAAGGUGACACAGGAGCAGGAGGAACAGCUGGCCUCCCUGGACGCGUCCAAGAAGGAGCUCCACAUCAUGGAGCAGAGGAAACUACGAGUAGAAAGCAAGAUUGAGCAGGAGAAGAAGGAGCAGAAGGAGAUCGAACACCACAUGAAGGACCUGGACAACGACCUGAAGAAGCUCAACGUGUUGAUGAAUAAAAAACGGUGCAGCUCAGAGGAGCUGGAGCAGAACAACCGGGUGACGGAGAAUGAGUUCGUGCGCUCGCUGAAGGCCUCUGAGAGGGAGACCAUCACGAUGCAGGACAAGCUGAACCAGCUCAGCGAGGAGAAGGCGACCCUCCGGAAUCAACUGGUGGAAGCAGAACACCAGAUUAUGCUUUGGGAGAAAAAAAUCCAACUAGCAAAAGAGAUGCGUUCCUCAGUGGAUUCUGAGAUCGGCCAGACGGAGAUCCGGGCCAUGAAGGGCGAGAUCCACAGGAUGAAGGUCAGGCUCGGGCAGCUGCUGAAGCAGCAGGAGAAGAUGAUCUGCGCCAUGGAGCUGGCGGUCGCCCGCAGAGAGACCAUCACCACCCAGGCCGAGGGGCAGCGCAAGAUGGACAGGAGGGCGCUCACCCGCACCGACUUCCACCACAAGCAGCUUGAGCUGCGCCGGAAAAUCAGGGACAUUCGUAAGGCCACCGACGAGUGCACCAAAACCGUCCUGGAACUGGAAGAAACACAAAGAAAUGUGGGCAGCUCCCUCCUAGAGAAGCAGGAAAAGCUGUCGGUGAUUCAGGCAGACUUCGACACACUCGAGGCCGACCUCACCCGGCUUGAGGCCCUCAAACGACAGAACCUUUCAGAGAUCGUGGCCCUGCAGACGCGCCUUAAGCACCUGCAGGCUGUGAAGGAGGGGCGCUACGUGUUCCUGUUCCGAUCCAAGCAGUCCCUAGUGCUGGAGCGCCAGCGCCUGGACAAGCGGCUGGCUCUCAUCGCCACCAUCCUGGACCGCGUGCGGGACGAGUACCCCCAGUUCCAGGAGGCCCUGCACAAGGUCAGCCAGAUGAUCGCCAACAAGCUCGAGUCACCGGGACCCUCCUAGGGAGCAGCCUGGACCCCACCCUGCAAGGCCUCCAGGAAGAGAUCCAGGAUUGUGUUUAUCAUGAGGGACUUGGAAACUUUUGUGUUCCUAAAAACCACAUGUACCCUCAGAAGGGCAUCGUUUAAGAGAAAUAAGCCAGCCCCACCCUAGGGAUCUUCUUAGCCACUCAGCAAUUUAAUAAACCAGGUAAAAUCCUA